AUGGUUCGUUCAUAUAAAAGAAAAACAACACCAACUUACGAUCUUGAAACCUUAAAGAAAGCAGUAGAUGAAGUCAAAACUGACAAAAUAAAUUCGUACCAAGCUGCAAAAAAGUAUAACAUUCCUCGUAUGACUAUAUGUGAUAGAGUAAAUAACAAAAAAGGUAUCGUAAAGGAGAGCCGAGGACCACCUACAGUGAUUGACAGAGAAAAUGAGCUCAAACUUGCAAAUGGUUUACGGGUUAUGGAAAAAUAUGGGUUCGGACUCACUUCCAAAGAAACGCUAGAUUUAGUUGCCGUACACGUGAGUGAAAAUAACUACAAAACACCAUUCAAAAACAACAGACCCGGUUAUGAUUGGUUUGCUGCCUUCAAGAAGAGGCACAAUUUGUCCUUAAAAAGACCUCAGGCGGUGGAAAUGUCAAGAAAAGUGACAUGUGACCCUUUUAUUGUUAAUGAGUAUUUUGAUACUCUUGAUGGAGUUUUGAGUGAACUUAAUUUAAAAGGAAGACCUGAUAAAAUUUGGAACCUUGACGAGUCAAGUUUUGGAAAAGAUCCCGAACGAACAAAAGUGGUUGGAGCCCGUGGAUGUGCCAGUACACGCACAAUCGCGUCAUCUGGAAAAGAUAAUGUCACAAUUUUGUUCACAGUCAACGCAAUCGGUGACAAAUUACCACCGUUGAUUAUACACAGAGGAAAAAAUACGUGGGACCAAUGGCUCUCAGAUAAAGGAUUUGAAAACACAUCCUAUGCUGCCACUAAAAAUGGAUGGAUCGAUACAAAAGUAUUUGAAAAGUACAUGUUGAACACAGUGCUACCACGUUUAAGUGAAGAUCCACCCGCUUUAUUAAUAUGUGAUGGCCUUUCUACCCAUAUCCAACUUAAAAUUUUAGAAGAAGCACAAAAACGAGGCGUAACUAUUAUAAAAUUACCAUCACAUGCAAGCCAUCUUCUGCAGCCAUUAGAUUUAUCAGUUUUUAAAUCAAUGAAAAACACUUGGGAUGCAAAACUUGUGCAUUGGCAACGGCUAAAUGUGGGCAAUAAAUUGCCAAAAGAUGAGUUUAGUCGCCUUCUCGGAGAAGUGUGGCGUGAAUUAGACACAAAAAUAAUUAGAAAUGGCUUUAAAAAAGGGGGCAUAUAUCCAUUUGACAGAAACGUAGUUGCAGACGAAAAAUUUGAUCCAGAAUCAUUGAAAAGGUUCAGGGAACAUAAAACGAUACCAAAACAGAUUCAGACAUUAAAAAAGUUAAGUUUGGCGGCCGUUACCCAAGAGUUGAGCAUUAGCAAAAAUCCCAUAGCAGCGUCAUCAAAAUUAGUUUUGCCAAACCAGGAGAUGAAAUUUGAUAAGUCUAAUGAUUCAAAGGUAAUUAGAAUUAUUGAAGAUAGAAUUUUGGCUCCCUCGGAAAGAGUUUCUUUCGAAACUUUAUUAUUGCAGACAAUAAAGAAAAGUGACUCGACAAUAAAAUUGAAAAAAACUAAAAUUGCUAGGGGGUGUGAAAUAAUAACGCGAGAACAGUUUAUAGACAAAAAACGAUACGAAGAAAAAAUAAAGCAAGAAAAGGAAAGAACUGCCAUAAAAAUCCCCAAAACAAAAAAUAUAAAAAAAAAAUUGGACCAAAAUCGAAAAAGAAAUUGUAUAAAAUUACAACAACAAGAUGAGACUGAUGAAAGCAAAGAUAUUAAAAAAAAACCUUGUAGUAAGAGCUUAUCUAAGCAAAAACCUAAUAAAAAUGUUAAAAAGAAAGCUAAGAAACAAAAGAAGUGUUUUGAUUAUGACGAAGAAUCUGAAAGUGAAUUAGAUAUUAGUUUUGCUGAAGUUUCCGGUUCUGCUGAACUUUCUGAUGAAGAUUUUGAUACCUAUCGUGAAAACUUUUUAGCGGAAAUAAAAAAAGUAAAGAAUGAUGAUGAUAUCAUAAUGUUCCUUGAAAAGCCUGAUAUAUCUCGAAGAGGGCAUAUUACUUUCAAAGAAAAUUUUAAAAUGUAUAACAUUCAGUGA